UACCAGUGACCAUUCACAGGCAGAAGGUGAAGCCGACGUCUGGAGGGACUUCUUCUUCUCUUCUCUUCUCUUCUCUGCUGGCAACCUGAUCGACGAGCAUCACCAACGCCCAUAAAGUCUCUUAAUACAGGAAAUAAAGAAGCGAGCUGCCUGCAGAAGAAGAGACACGUCCUGUUCCGUUACAUGAAGACCGGCUCAUCGUUGCAGUGCAGUGGUCGUGAUUUAGUAGUGAUUGUAUAACGAUAUCUCAGUGGAUAGAUGUAUAUCAUCAGCUGUAUAAGUUAGCUGCUGUAUCACUGUGUAGCUCUCUCUCUCUCUUCAUCUGGACGCAACGUUGACUACCACUGUUUCAUUCCUGUCUCACGUUAUAUACGAAAAAUGGCAACCCAGAUCGAUAAAGAGGCUUGCAGAGAGGCUUACAACGAUGUCAGAGAAGAUAGCAAAGACGUUAACUGGGCUGUGUUUAAAUAUGAGGAUACUACGAUCAAGCCUGGCGGACAAGGAACUGACUAUGAGGACUUCAAGAGCAUGUGCACAGAUGACGUUCGUCUGUUCGCCUACGUCCGGAUCACGAUGGGAGAUGCCAUGAGCAAACGAGCCAAGUUCACUCUCAUCACCUGGAUCGGUGAGAAGAUCGGCGGGCUGCAGCGUGCCAAGAUCAGCACUGACAAGGCGAUGGUGAAGGAAGUUGUGCAGAUCUUUGCCAAGGAGUUCAUGUUUAGUGACCCGAGGGAACUGGAUGUGGAGACCAUCCGCACAGAGCUGAAGAAGGCUGGUGGAGCCAACUAUGACGCUCAGGCAGAGUAGAGAAGUGCCAUGGUCCACUGGAAGGGUUGGGGUUGGGAUUGGGGGG